GUUUAUACUUUCAGUAUGACUCAGAGCAGAAAGGAAGUGCUGCAGUGACAGCUGACUAAACCUUCCACAGACGAUUUGGACAUCAAGGGAAACUUGGCAUCAUUUUGAAAUUCUGUUUGACUCAAUAUUUAGUCUUAAAGAUAUUACGUUAACACAUUACGCAUGCCUGGAGCUGUUUAUUCUAAACAAUCACUAUCAGAAACAGCGGGCAGCCCAGCAAGAUUAGUUAUUCAUGUUUUUCAACCUAAAAAACCUUAUCAGCUUAGUUCCUGACCUUAGCAUUUCUUGGAUCUAAGGGAAACGAUUGAUCUGUCUUAACUUAGGUUUACCCAUUAGAUUAACCAUUCAAAGACAAUUGAUCUAAUGCUGAACCCAAAUACGCUUUGCUGAGUGGAGCUAUGACUACGUUAUCGUCACUAUUCAUGUAGACUAUUAUCAUCUUCUGAAUCAUUCCAACAACAUUCUGUGACACCAUGGAGGCUACUCCGCCAAAUCCCAUCUCCUCCAUGCCUCCACCUUUUCCAAUAAAACCAGCCAUGGCUCCAUCUGUACAGCUUGGGGUCACUAUAGUUUACACUUUUCUUUAUGGAGCUCUGUUCUUGAUUGUAUAUAUUCAGCUUUGGCUGCUUUUAUGUUACCGCCAUAAGAGGUUAAGCUACCAGAGUGUUUUUUUGUUUCUUUGCCUGUUCUGGGCUGCCAUCCGGACCACCCUGUUUUCUUUUUAUUUUUUGGAUGCUGUUGCAGCUAACCGCCUGCCCACUCUGAUAUACUGGCUGCUAUAUUGCUUUCCUGUGUGCUUGCAGUUUUUUACGCUGAGUCUCAUCAAUCUCUACUUUACUCAGGUUUUGCUUAAAGUCAGAGGGCUUUUCGAAAUAGAACCCAGCCGAGGAUUGUGUUUGGCUCGAUGUGUGUAUGCAACCAUGAGUGCAAUCUUCUUAUGUAUCAACGUAGUUUGUGCCAGCCUCGGGGACCGAGGUGGUACAGGAGGGUCAGGGGACAAAACAUGGACACUGGUUCUAGUUCGAGUAUUAGUGAACGACUCUCUCUUCAUCAUCGAGGCUGUGUGUCUGGCUUAUUCCCUGCUUUAUCUAACCCGUUUUUCGCCAUCCACUAGCCCUUAUUUACACAGUAAGGGAACAACCUUGUGCAGGACGGCAGUGUUGGGUGUAGGAGUAAUCUUGCUCUUCUUGAGCAGAGCGUGUUAUAAUCUGACUGUCCUCAUCUUGUCACAAAACCACAAGGUGGAGUCUUUCAACUUCGACUGGUACAACAUCUCAGAUCAGGCUGAUCUUCGGAGUGAGCUUGGAGACACUGGGUAUAUUGUUUUUGGAGCUAUUCUGUUCAUAUGGGAGCUUCUUCCUACCAGCUUGCUCAUUCUCAUCUUCAGAGUGCCACGGCCUUCUACAGAACUGAACUGCAGUCCAGUCAAUAACACCAGGGCCUCGCGUUCUUAUUUCUUCGAUGACCCGCGGGGGGUAGAUGCUGACACAGGUGCUACAUGGCCAUACAGCAUACGUCCUAAUAGCAGCUGGUUUGGCUCCAGUGAGACGACUCCACUGCUCUUUAACAGAACAGAUCAGAUGAACCAGCAUCAUUCCCUCUACUCUACACCACAGAAUUAAACCAGCAUCAGUCCGUCUACACCAUAGGCCUGAUCGUUCCGGUUUGAGGGAUUCACCAGCGACUAUUCUCAGGCAAUAACGCAUCACUAGCUCAGCCUAUGAAAACCAGUAGGCGUUAUUUGCACUAAAUUGUGAUGUGCACAUAUUUGCACCUUCCAUUUCAUCUGUUUCAUUCCAAAAACUGAUGAGAUGUAAUAGAGAGCUUUGUAUAUAUAUAUGUAUAUACACACCAGCAUUUUAAAGGAGCGAAAAACUUCACUGUUUACGGUAAAGAAGGACAAGCAAAGGGACUUUUCCACUUAUUACUUGUAGAAUAUUUUCCUCUGUGCUAUAAUUAAAGCUACAAUGUGUGUAAUGUGUACUCAGAAUGUCUGCUAACAAUUUAAAAAAUGUGAACAUGGAUAAACUGUUAUUUUUAAUGACAAUAUUUUUAAAGGAAUCGUAAGGGAUUUCAUUUUUUUUAAACAUCACUAUCUAUAUAUAUUUUAACUUUGCUAAUUUAACAGCAUUAAAUAACAGAUUUUAUUUAAAGUAAAUAUUGUAAGUAUAUUAUCAUAUAUCAUUGCAGGAAAUGACGUUUGUGG